ACCGCCGCUUUAAUUUCCGUCGAUUAUUUUCCUCGUUACGUACAACAAAUCAUUAGAUUAUUGAGUAUUGAGUAGGUAUAGAUAAAAAAGAUUUAAACCAUGUGUAUUGCGUGCGGAUGUAAAAUAUCAACCAAUCAGAAGCCCGCCUUUCAUCAGCGUAUUAAUACGUAAAUGACGGUCGCAAAACACGAUUUACGAAUUGAAUUCGCAUCGGCUGACCAGUCACAAAACGUGCUUAUUCGCAAAAGCGCGGUUCGCGGAUCGCGAGCUGUUGAGCGUGUUGUUCUAUGUCGCGUGUGUCAUUUGUGUUAUUUAUUCAUUUGUUUACAAUUCGAUUUGGUAUAAUUUCGUUCAGAAUCCAGAAUCAUGACUGAAGUAACGCUGAACGGAGUAGUGAUUAAAUUUCCAUUCAAGCCUUAUCAAGUGCAAGAAGACUACAUGAAAAAAGUUAUAGAAUGUCUGCAAGAAGGCAAAAACGGUGUUUUGGAAUCGCCAACAGGCACUGGUAAAACGCUGAGUCUGCUUUGUUCAUCUCUGGGCUGGCUCAUGAUAAAGAAGGCUCAGAUACAGAUUCAAGUGCAAUCGCUUGGUGCCUUGGACCAGGUUGGUUCAGGCAACUCGUACUUGGAUCAGUUCGCAAAGAGUCUUGACAAAGGUGGUGGAAAGUCAACAAAUCAAGCGCCAACAAACACAUUUGGAUGGUCAAUGCCAAAGAUCAUCUAUGCUUCGAGAACUCAUUCACAGUUGUCCCAGGCUAUGCAAGAGUUAAAGAGGACUUCCUAUAGGCAUGUCAGUGUGACAGUCCUUGGAUCCAGAGAUCAACUUUGCAUUCACCCAGAAGUUGCCAAGGAGCAGAACACUUCUAACAAAAUUCACAUGUGCCAGGCCAAAAUAAAGGCCAGAAAUUGCUUUUACUACAACAAUGUUGAGUUGAGAAAAGAUGAUCCAACCAUCAAGGACAAUAUUUUAGAUAUUGAGGACUUGGUAAAGACUGGUCAAAAGUUGAAGUGCUGUCCAUACUUUUUAUCCAAGGAGUUAAAGCAAAAUGCAGAUAUAAUCUUUAUGCCUUACAAUUAUUUACUAGAUCCUAAAACGAGAAAAAAUCAGGGUAUCGAAUUGCAAAAUAAUGUUGUCUUACUGGAUGAGGCACACAAUGUUGAGAAAAUGUGCGAAGAUGCUGCUUCUUUACAAAUUAGUAGUACAGACAUAGCUGUGUGCAUAGAUGAAAUAACACAUGUUAUGAAAGACAUGGCAAAUGAAACAAACGAUCAAGAUUUUUUAUCCGAAGGAUCCAAUGCUGCUCAAAAAGAUUUCUCAGCUGAAGAUCUGUGCAUAUUAAAAGCCAUGUUUUUAGAAUUAGAAAAAGCUAUUGAUUCUAUACAAAUCACAAAACGAGAUGAGGGAGAUACUUAUCCUGGUGGUUAUAUUUUUGAGAUACUUGAAAAGGCUGACAUUACUCAGGGUAAAGAGUUACUAGUGAUUGACAAAUUAGAUAAAAUUGUCACAUAUUUAACAACAGUAAGUGCAUCCUCAUUUACCAGAAAAGGAAAUGCUCUUCAGAAAUUUUCUGAUUUGUUAAGAGUAGUUUUUGCCGGUUCAACAAAUAAUAGGUAUAGAGAAAAAAUUAAACAAUGUUACAAAGUGUACAUUCAAGCAGAACCAGCAAAGAAAUCAUUUAAAAAUGAUGCUUGGGAAACAAAGAAAAUUACAAAAACAGAUGGAAAAUUAAUUAGCUACUGGUGCUUUAGUCCUGGAUUUGGGAUGCAACAAUUGUUAGAUCAAGGAGUUCGUUCCGUUAUCUUAACAAGUGGUACAUUGUCACCUUUGAAACCUUUUAUAUCUGAAAUUGGAAUUGAAAUUGGUGCACAACUGGAAAAUCCUCACAUAGUAUCAAAUAAACAGAUUUGUGUAGGAAUUAUUAGUAAUGGAUAUGACGGUUGCAGUCUUAAUUCAUCGUACAAUACAAGGAAUGAUCCAAAAUAUAUAGCUUCACUUGGAGAAACCAUCAAGAUACUCAGUUGUAUAUUACCCCAUGGUAUGCUAAUAUUUUUCCCAUCAUACCCAAUUAUGAAAAAAUGUCAAGAAGAGUGGCAAAAAAUGGGCAAAUGGUCGCAAAUCGAAGCUAGUAAGCCGAUUUUUGUGGAACCUCAAUCAAAAGAAGGUUUCAACAAUGUUAUGACUGAGUAUUACAAAAAAAUUCACGAUCCAGCACACAAGGGGGCAAUUUUCAUGGCGGUGUGCAGAGGCAAAGUCAGUGAAGGUUUAGAUUUUGCAAAUGCGAAUGGAAGAGCAGUGUUGAUUACUGGGUUACCUUUUCCACCUUUGAAGGAUCCUAGGAUCAUUUUAAAACAGCGAUAUCUGGAAGAAAAUAGAGCAUCGGGAAAAGAGAGUUUGUCAGGUCAACAGUGGUAUCAGCUUGAAGCUUCAAGAGCUGUCAAUCAAGCCAUAGGUCGCAUUAUUCGUCACAAAAACGACUACGGAGCAAUAUUAUUAUGUGACUGCCGUUUCGAUAAUCCUUCGUUUAAACAACAUUUGUCAUCGUGGAUUAGGCCACAUAUCAAAAAAUUCCAAGACUUUCGAAUGGUUGUAAAAGAGUUAAGAGAGUUUUUCAGAUACACAACGGCACACUUGCCACAACCAGCUAUAGGUGCUAGCGAAAUGUCCAGUAUGGCACUGCCAUCAGUUCCAGCUGAGUUUGAUACAAGUAAUACAAGAAUAGUUAAGUCCAACUCUAAAACUCUUGCAACAACACCACAAGAAAAGCAUAAUGAAAACUUUGAUCUGAACGCUUAUAAAAUUAAAGGAAAUACCGAAAAAGAGAAAAAAACUGAUCAAUCUCCUAAAGAUUUCGGAUCAUUAUUCGAAACCAAAUCUAAAACUGUAGUCAAUUUUAGCACUUGCAAACUACAAACAACAGCUAAUACUUUCAAAGAAGUUUCACCUUCAGAAGAACCCAAUGCCAAACGAAGGAAAUUGAAAAUUAAACCCGUGCAGUUCAGUGUAGAAAUGCCUGUAGUCUCAGAACCAUCUACAUCGUGUACAGAGCCAGGAAUAAAAACUGAAUCUCAAAGACCAAGAGUUGAUGGACCAGAAGACAGUGCUGCGGCAAGGCAACAACAAGGAAAGAAGUACAUACAGCAAGUAAAAGGAUCUGUAUCGCCAGAGGACUUUAGCACAUUCAAAACCCUGAUUUCAAGAUAUAAUAAAGGCAUCAGCUUUGAUGAGCUUAUAGCUGCAUUAGAAAAGCUUUUUCUGAUAGACUACAAAUUAAAACAACUGUACAUUGGCUUCAGAAACUUUCUGAGAAAAGAUCAUAUUAAAGCUUUUGAUGCACAAACAAAAUUGAUGGAAAGUUUGGACGAUUAUUUGUUGGACAAACCUGUAUUACAAAGUGAAUCUCAAGAAGUCAAUGUAAAUAAGCCAGAAUAUACUGCAACAUCAAGGCAAGAACAAGGAAAGAAAUAUAUACAACAGGUGAGGGAAUCUAUAUCGCCUGAAGAAUACAGUAUUUUUAAAAGACUAAUGAAUAGUUAUAAAAACGAUGCUAACUUUGAUGAAUUAGUGAAUGGAUUAGAAAAACUCUUCGUCAUAGACCAUAAACUAAAGCAUCUGUUUAUAGGUUUUAGAAGUUUUUUAAAGAAAGAUCAUACAAAAUCUUUUGAUUCACAUAUCCAUGCAAUGGAAGGUUCAAGUAUUUGGUGAGAUACUGCUAUUUAUGAGGGACAGUAACUUAAGGAAAAAGACAGAAGUACAAAUAGUAUUUUAAUUUUAUAUAACAUUUUGUAUAUAAUUUAUUCUAUGUUAUAUCCUCUAUUGAAAUGAGAAUAAAUUUUAUAUUUUUUGUAA